GUGUGUGUGCACAACAACAUAGUCUACCCCGUUGGGACAACCUGGGAAGAUGGUUGCAGGGAAUGCUCUUGCACUAGGAUGAGGGAUGAUGUUACAGGACUUCAGAUGAUGGAGUGCCAUGACAAAGCAUGUAACACGUACUGCCCUCGGGGUUACAGAUAUAUUGUCCCGGAUGGGGAGUGUUGUGGGAGAUGCCAGAAGAUUGCCUGUGAGGAGAAGUUGUUCUGGUCUCCGGGUGAUGAAGAUCCUCCUUUGCAUGAGGAUAUUCCUGUAAGCAGCAGACUGUUCUAUAAACUGAUGAUUUUAUACCUUAAGGAUAUUCCUGUAAUUCCUAUUCUCUACAAAGCAAGCAGCAGACUGUUCUAUAAACUGAUCAUCAUGGUGGGCACAGAGUGGCGAUCGCCCUUCAACCCUUGCAUUAUCAAUGAGUGUGUCCAGGUGAACAAUGAGGUUUUUGUGCAGAAAAAGAAUGUUUCUUGCUCACAAAUGGAUGUGCCUGACUGCCCAGAGGGAACUGAGCUACGCUGCAACCAAAUAAUAGAUUGCUGUCCUUCCUGCAGAUGUGCUGUGAACCUUGCCCAACAUAAUUACAGAAGGCAGGAAGUCUCUGGCUCUUGCUGUGGAAAAUGUGUGCCAACUUCCUGUAGCAUCAGGCUGAGAGAUGGAAGGCUUAAAUAUCUUCAGCCAAAUGAAUCACUUCAGGAUGGCUGUGAUAAUCACUCCUGUAGAGUCACUGAGAAAGGGGAAUUUGUCUGGGAAAGGAGAAUCACUAGCUGCCCUCCAUUUGAUUCCAGAAGAUGUUUGGCUGAAGGAGGCAGAAUUGCAAAAAUUGGCAGCACCUGCUGUGACACAUGUGUACAAGUGGAAUGUCGGACAGUAAGUACGAGAAUGCAGUAUGGGAAUAUCAAUGGAUGUGUGGCUGAAAAGGAAGUGCCCAUUUCUCAUUGUGAGGGUAAGUGCAGAAGCAUCACCAGGUACUCUGUUCAGACAGGGAAAUGGGAAGAUGUGUGUAGCUGCUGCACAGCCACUCAAACCACCAUUGUCACGAUCCCCCUCCGCUGUGCCAACGGGACAGUGGUGCAGCACUACAUCCCUUCUGCCUCCCUGUGCGAGUGCCACUCUCGGAAGUGUACAGACUGAAUAAUUCCAAGAAGCCCAGUUGUUUAAUCUCAAGUCUUAUGAUGAAGGAACUUCACAGUGCAAGCCUCAUUUUCUCUGUAGAUUGUCUUACCC